AUGAAUCCCGGCAUCCGCCUGCUGCCCUUCGGCCGUGGCUAUGCCACCCAACGGCCAGCCUCUCGGCUCAAACCGACGAUAAGCCUCGAUCACUUCCUCCAACGGACAAAAGCCCUGGCAUUAUAUAGAACUAUCUGGAGAGGCACACGGCGCAUUGCAGAUGCUCGGACAAGAGCCGAAUCCCGCAAAUAUGCCCGGGACGAAUUUGAGCGGCAUCGCAACGUCCAAGAUAUCUCUCACAUAAGAUAUCUUUUAUCAACAGGCAAAACGGAAUGGGAAAGCAUGGAGAGGUAUAUCGGGGGUAUGUAA